UGCGUUUUGGCAAAGUUAUAAACAAUGAACUUUUUUCUUUUUUUUAAUCCCUUCUUCACUUUCUGCUCACAUUCUACAGCGCAAGUAGCUUCAAGACAAUGGUUUUAAGACUCGGUUCAACUGCUCCUGACUUUACAGCCAAGACUACCAAAGGCGAUAUCAAAUUUCACGAAUUUAUAGGUGAUAAAUGGACCAUCCUCUUCUCACAUCCUGCUGAUUUUACACCUGUUUGUACAACUGAACUUGGUCUUGUUGCUGCUCUUCAAGAUGAAUGGGAUGCUCGCAACGUCAAUGUCAUCGGCUUAUCUGCGAACGGUCUUGAUGAACACGAAAAAUGGAUCGCUGAUAUCAAUGAAAUCAGUAAUGUUGAGUUAAACUUCCCUAUUAUUGCUGAUGCCGACCGUAAGGUUUCUGAGCUCUAUGAUAUGUUAGAUCAUCAGGAUACAACUAAUGUUGAUGCUAAAGGUGUUCCUUUCACUGUUCGCUCUGUUUUUAUUAUCGAUCCCAAGAAAACCAUUCGAUUAAUCUUGACCUAUCCUGCCUCUACGGGCCGUAACUUUGACGAAAUUUUACGUGUUAUUGAUUCCCUUCAAUUGGGCGACAAGCAUCGCAUUACCACUCCUGGUAACUGGAAGAAGGGAGAUGAUGUAAUUGUCCAUCCUUCUGUCUCCACUGAAGAAGCUAAAGAGAUAUUCCCCAAGGGCGUUAAGGUCAUCAAGCCUUACUUGCGCUUGACACCUUCUCCCUUCUAAGUACACACUUUUUCCUCAGUUACAAUACCAUAUUUUUAACACUUUCAAUGCACUUGCAGUAAUACUGAAACUUGUAAAAUUAAAAAAGUCAAAUAAACAAACAACUAAAGUUAUAUCGCGACGCUUAAUGAUAAGG